UCCACAAAUGCCAUUCUGCUGCCUCCGGUUUAGUCUGGUGCGCUGGGAGACAACUGAGUACUUCUGGGCUGCUUGGAUUAGCGUGUGUUUGUGCGCGCAUCCACUCCGAACACCUCUUUGAAUUUAUUUUGCAUUUCUUUUUAAAUGGCGGUCGACAAGACAUGUACAAUAGCCUACCUCUUUCCAUGUGGAUUGGAGCACAGUGAAAGGAAACGCGAGAUAAGGUAACGGGUCUCGGGAAGUUUGUUGGAUCUGCUACUGUGAAUGGAUUAUUCUAAACACUGGCUUUCAUUUAAAUAAUGGCGUUACAAUUCACGGAUUAUCUGGCGGUACAGAUAUUUUGUUCACGAUCAUGAUAAAUAAGCCUCUGCUCAAUCAUUCCCUCAAUCAACACCCUAGGCUACUGGUACAGCCUGUUAAAUACUUGUCAUUACGCCUCUUACAGAAGCAUAUUCAUGUAGCUUGCAUGAUGGAAUUUUAGGUAGGAAGAGAGCGAAGUGGAUUGUAAGGCCCGGGAUGAUUAAUUUCUCACGGAAACUGUGUCGCAUCAUACUGCAUUCCAACGGAAUUAAAAGUUCUCGAGGGUGUGUUAAAUAUUUGAACUAAUAGAUGUCUUCAACUUUUUGGUAAAACAAAUAAGAGUUGCAGUAUUAAGUCAACGCAAUUGCCUUUAAAUUCACGGGUUUGUCUUGAAAACUAAUUUCAACAAUCGGACAAAGGUUGUUCGAUUACGCGCAAAACUUUUAAUCUGCCGCACUAAGGGAUUAAGAUUGUAAUGGGAGAAGCAGCCCCAGCUCAGCCUGCGGUAGGUGGAUUUGUGUCCAUGUUAGGUGUUGGCAUGGUAGGCUCCAUGCCAGGUCGUGUCAGCGGGCCUCUUGCGGCCUCCAGAGGGUCCGCUGUCCCGCAACUCCACAGUGCCAUCGUUGAGCGGUUGCGUGCCCGCAUCGAGCUGUGUCGACGGCAUCACUCCACCUGCGAGAGCCGCUAUCAGAGAGGUCAGGCGGAGAGCUCGGACCGUGAACACGAGAACACCUUGCAUCUCCUCAACCUCGUGCAACAGAGUACGGGCAACAGGAAAAUCAGGGGCAGCCGGUCGGUGGGGCAGCAGUCAACGGCAGACUUCAACCGGCUGAACGGCGAACAGAGAGGCCAACAUUCUGACACAGAGCCAAAGGUUGUAACACGAAACCUUGUCCAUGGGUCAUUGAGAAGAAAGAUUGAAGGACACCCUUCUGGUUUUAAGAAAAAUGGCGUAUCUUGUGGGACUUCCGGAGGGGACUUCAAACGCCUCCGUGUGGAUCCAGGAAGUCUUCAGGCUGGGCCCUGUGCUCUUGGGCCCAGCAGGGGUCAGAAUAAUCACCCAGGCUCAGCCUCCAUGGGCCACCACGCUCUGCACUCCCUGAUGCCCCACAGCUUGGGCAGCGACCUCUUCAACAAAACCCUCAGGGAGAUGAAGAAGGAGUGUGUGGAGGUGCAGACCUGUGGCCAGGCCUCAGCAGACGUUAGCAUGAUUGGCUUCGACUUCCAUGAUGAAGGGGGAGGCCAGAUCGACCCUGAGCUCCAGGAGCUCUUUGACGAGCUGACCAAAUCCGUGCCCUCCUUGAAUGACCUGGAGUUUGAGAAGAUCCUCAAGCAUGAUGACACCUUUAAUCUGGAGUUGGGGCGUCCCAGCUCAGCAGGUUCGACCAAUCCUUGUCCCCUCUUAGAUAAACCAAUCAAGACAGAGUACUCGCCCGACUUUGGCCAGGUGUCUAAGGGCUCCCCACAGCUCAGGCCUGCCUCAGCUGGCCCAUCGUUCUCCAUGGACGGUUCGGUACAGAUAAGUCAUGGUCAUACAUCUCAGGGCUCUGCUGGCCUCUCCAGAACCAUAGCGGGCUGGCCAGAGCUCUCUCAUGCUGAGCAGCUCAAACAGAUGGCAGCAAACCAGCUGCAGCCCAGUGUCCUGCUCCACCACCCCCAGCAAGGGCACCCGCAUCAGAACCACCAGGCCAGCUGGUCCCUGGGCCUGGGCCCUCACUCUGCAGGGGGCUUCCCCUCUGGAGAUAAACUACCUGGGGUCUCCACAAUGUGCUCCACACAGCACAACAGCCCUCUCGGCAUCAAGCAGAACAAGGGCAGAAAUAACUGCCUCUUCAAGCGCAAUGGAUUCAACAAUUCUAACUAUACAGACCUCAAGGUCCUCAACAGCAAGCCCAUGCUGCAGUUCACUCCUAAGGCUGGAACCUCUAUUGGGCAACAGGGCUCCCUCAUGUCUUUGCCUCAGGGUAAGGCCACCUCACAACAACAACAACAAAAACAACAACAACAGCAGCAGCAGCAGCAGCAGCAGCAGCAGGAGCAACAAGCAAACAAAAACCACAGUCAGCACCAGAACCAGGCCCAUAGCGGACUUCAUUUCCAGAACCAGCAGGUACCCACGGCUGGAUCACAGUGCCUCCUGACCAAAGGAAUGCCUCCGAGAUCGUGUCUCAACCAGCACGGGCCGGGGAUGCAUCUCAAAAUGAGUCAGCAACAAGCGGAUAAAGUCGGUCCCCAAGACCAGUUCAGUCAUCAUCUCACAAGGCCUCCCCCUGAUUAUGAGCAGGCCAGAAUCGCUGCAGGAGGACAGCACUCAAUGAUAUACACAGGAAUUAAUUCCUCGCAACCUGUUGCAAAGACCAGCCCAGACCAGAGUGAGCUGCAGGCCAUGCCCUGCCCCCUGCCAAACAGCCAGGCCUCUAAGAUCAUGCCCACUUCCAGUGACACCUUCACAAGCGGACAGGACCCCCGUCAAGGCUCCUGUGUCCAACCGUGUGUGGGCCCGCUGAGAGAACAGCAGCACCAGCACCCGUUCAACAGCAGCAACGACAGCAGAAUGGGGGGAUUACAUCCAAACAAACUGCCACCGUUCCAGGGAGCUAACGCUCAGAGCUUUGCCUCCAACUCUGUCACAAACAUCCAAGCACGUGUCAGGACUGCGGUGAGUCAGCACAGGCUGCUGGGACCAGGGCUACGUGGCUCCCCUGGUGGUGCCAGUAUGGAGGCAGGCAUGAGUUGGGCCCAGGGACACAAACAGACUGGGCUGGACCUGAAGAGGAGACCAGGAUCCGCGGGAUCCCCUGGCUCACAGCCCGACUUGGGUGGGCACCACCAUUUCCCACAGACUUCGAUUGGACCCCCCAAUCAAGUGGCACCACAUGGGGGAAUGCCACCCCUCAACCCUGCCAACCUUAGGGGGCCAACCACAAGAACGUGUCCACCACAGACCCAACCCCGGGUGCCCACACCUUCCACCAAUCUGAAUCCAGGCUCUAUAUCCGAGUCAGUUUGCACUGGUCCGUUCCCCCCACCCAGCCUGAGAGGGUAUCAGCAGAACAACAGCAGUAGUCGCCCAGGCCAACACACAUUUGACUUUCUGCCCGAGGGGGACAACACCGUGCCGGGGGUGAACACCGACUCCGAUUUUAUUGACUCGCUCUUGAAAUCAGGCACAGGAAAUGAUGACUGGAUGAAGGACAUUAACCUGGAAGAGAUUCUUGGUGGAAACUCUUAAAGUGGCUCUCUGCAACCAGGGAGCCACUGAUUAAUCAUGAAAGGAUUCCAGAGGUUGGAAUUUCUGAUCAAAUUGACUGCAUAUAACGUAUACAUGAUGGUUAUUACUAAUACUAAAUAUGAAAAUGUUUGUAUAUGCAAAAUUAUAAUUACAUUUUACGUCUAAAAAGAAUGUGUUAGAAAGUCCAUGUUGUUUUCUCCAAGCAUGUUUUAUAUGGAGCAUUUCUUAACAUUUUGUGACGUGUGUAUACCAGUGCAUACCAGUGCUAUAACAGUCAGUCAUUAUGUUGUAGAAACUGUAGAGGUCAUUUAUUUAAACAUCUACAAUGGGUUGUGUUCAUAUGAUGGGCCCCAGUGAUAAAUAUAUGAAUGAUAUUGUAUCACAGUUUGCAUUUUCUAUAGCCUCAUACCUUAAGCUUUUUAGUACUGAAGUUAUAAUCUGGUUCAAUAAUUCAUCCCAAAUCUGUAGACAUUAAAACAAAUCUUUGGCUUUCAGCUUCUGGUAUCAAGGCUCGCAAGUUAGCUAUUCUGUAAUAAAUAUAUUUGGAUGGGUUGUCUCACUAAUACAUUUGUAACCAAUUUAUAUUUUGAAUCCGAUAAUGAAAUAUUUUGUAGGAAACUUUAUCUGAUGUUGAUGUCCAAGAUACACGCCUCCAUUGUCAAUUACACCUUUGUAUACUGGUAAUAACCUGUAACAUAAAAAGCAAUGUUGAUUAUA